AUGUCUCCUCUCAGCACCAGCCGUAACACCGAUAAGCCUUUCAUCUUUGAUAUGACCAGCGAUACCGCUACCAUUCCCACUGAUGAAAUGUUUGACAUUAUGAAGGCUGCUACUCGUGGUGACGACGUCUACCAAACUGAUGAUGAUUGUAAAGCCCUUGAAGAUUAUGUUGCUCAACAAUUGGGUCAUGAAGCUGGUUUGUUCUGUACUAGUGGUACUCUUUCCAAUCAACUUGGUUUGAGAUGUCUUUUGUUCCAACCUCCUCACUCUGUUUUGUGUGAUUCUCGCUCUCAUGUUUUCAACUAUGAAUGUGGUGGUAUUGCUUAUCAUUCGCAAGCCAAUGUUGUCCCUGUAGUGGCAAAGGGUACCUACAUGACCGCUGCUGAAGUUGAGAGCCGUAUCAACAAGGAUACUUUGUGUGGUGCCAUCACUAAAGUCGUUUCUCUUGAAAAUACCAUGAACGGCACCAUUAUGCCCAUUGAGGAGAUCAAGAAGAUUCAUGAUGUCGCUCGUGCCAACAACCUCAAGAUGCACAUGGAUGGCGCCCGCCUUUGGAAUGCUAGCCAAGGAAGUGGUACUCCUUUGAGUGAGUACGGUAAAUACUUUGAUACCGUCUCUAUUUGUUUGUCAAAGGGUGCUGGUGCCCCAAUUGGUUCCAUGCUGACUGGCACCAAGGAGCUGAUCACUCGUGCUCGUCAUAUCCGUAAGAUGAUGGGUGGCGGUUGGAGACAAGCUGGUAUGUUGGCUGUGGCAGCUCGUCACUGUAUCAACACUGUUGUUCCCACCAUGCCAGAAACACACGCUCUUGCUCGCAAGCUUGCAGAUCACCUUGAAUCUCUCGAUGUCAAGAUCCUCUUACCUGUAGACACCAACAUGAUCUUUAUCGAUAUCUCGCGUACUGGUCUCACUAUUGCCGAUUUAGCAGAAGCUCUCAAGGCAAAGAACAUCAAGAUCUUUAGCAACACUGGCACCACUACUCGUAUUGUCCUUCACUAUCAAAUCACACCUCAAGCCAUUGAUGAUUUCAUGCAAGUGUCCACUGAUUUAGUUCAAUCAAAGAAGAAGUCUGGAUUCGUUCCACCUGCCCUCAAUGGCUCUGCUGUCGAAACAAUUGAGCAAACCGCAGAAUCAGCCUAUCCUACUGCAACCGCUUAA